UCUCACUUUGCUAGCUGCUAGUGUCACUGUUAUGCCGCUUUUCCAAAAGCUGGCAAAAUGCUGCAUCACGCUUCAGAUCGAAUGCAGAGGGGGGUGUUGAAAUACACCGCGCCAUAUUUGCAUUUGUACCCAAAAGGUUGCGGCUCAAAACAGUGCACGUUGCUCAGCGGAUUUGUCGUGUCUGGGUCGGCUUGAGCCUGUAAACACAGCCUUCAAGCGUAACAAAGCAAGCAGCCCAAGGUGGAAGUUGAAUUUUGGUACAAGACCUUUGUUGCAGCUCUUGAUCCGCAGGACAACAAGAUAGCCUGAUGUUCGCCGAGGCAUUCUGGGCUGUUGCCAAGUGGUCUGCACAUUGGCAGGACAUUCGCCCUGGCCAGUGUGCAGGGGGAAGUACAAUCUCAGCCCAGAGUGCUGCUUUGCGAUCUCUCAAGCUCGUGUUCCACUGUCCGAAAGCUUUGCCUUUGCAGAAACCAGUUGCAGAGGACUUGCUGGUCCGCUGGCCUGCAGUCAGAUCUGGCCUGCUGCAGUUAAGAAUACUUUAUCAGGUGAGUCUUUUGUACCGCCACAUUGGCGAAUCGGAUCUUGCCGCAGCUUGUGCAGAGUGCGGUCUCAAGCUUAUGUCAAAGAAACUUUGUGGCGACAAUCGAUGGAAACUCAGAUUCCUUUGCAUGCAAGCAAGGUGCUCAACCUCCCGUUUGCUCAACAAUCCAAAGGAGAGCACUGUUCUCGGCAAAAUAGAAGAGCUGUGGAAUGACAGGAUCAAAGGACACCCUGCCGUGGCUUUGCUGCCAAAAAAGGAAUCAAUGCCUAUCACCGUGGACGAGGAGGAGAGCGCAACAAUGCCUUCAGAGCUUCUUGCUUUGUGGGUGGAUGCUUCUUUGUCGUGCGCAUCCAGACGAGCGUCUUUGUUGAGAUGGUUACUAAAGGUCAGUGGAACAGCUCCAGAGAGUGGAACACUUGUGUUCUUGACACAGCUGCAGAUGGAAAACUCAGAUGGUGCAGAAAGUAUGCAACAUGUUUUCCGGGAAGUUGGUCGCUAUCCACCGAAUUCUCCAAAACCACGUCCGCUUUUUCAAGCCUUGGCGGUGAUCUCAAAAGCGGCACUCAACAAUUCCAAGAAAGACAACGGCGCUGAGACCACAGAGUUCCUAAAAGGAUCGCUUUGCGCAGCAGUGUUGGAAUUAGAGCGGUGUUGCACAGCACUGGCUUCUCCAGCAUUACUGACAGAUGAGGUGAGAGAGUUGCGCUCCUUUGACACUUUGCUUCUGAGCGUUUUUGCUUUAAGAGGUGCGGUUUUCACUGGCGACAGCGCUGCGGCAAGCCAAAGCGCUCAUCUCCUACUUGAUGCUGCAAACGUGCCACAAAGAGACUUGAUGGAUGCUCCAGAGGAACAAACAGUUUCUCGUUCCCGCAGCCCACGCCGCGGACAUGGCUUAGUUGCCUUUGCAAGGGCCAGGUGGCAGCUUUGCAAGCAGGUUGUCCCAUUUUGUUCUGGCGCUUCACUAAUUUUUCUUGCAGAGCUCCGUGCAAAGCAGAGGAGGCUUGAGAAGCUCAGUGACCAGUGUGCACUUGGAUGCUUACUGGAUCAUUCACAGCUGCAAUCCAGUCACUCUGUGCCUAUUGAAGACCUGUGCAGUGGCAACUGGAUGUCGCAGCUUACCCCGGAUAUGUCACUUGCAUGGCUCCAGGUAGAUUGGAGAAGCCAAUCCCUCCAAAUUACUCGCUCCUUGGACGCUGGUUGUGGUUUGCCAGCUCAUUCAAAAGUCCUAUCUCAGCGGGUUGAAGUGCCUUCCCAACUUCUACACAGCCUUCGGGAGGAUUUGCAAAGCCUUCACGAGCUGAACAGCAAGAAGAUAAGGGAGCUUUGGCAGCGGGAGGACAAGCGCUCUGAGGCCGUGCGGCUAGAAUUCUGGCAAAGUCGCAAGAGCUUUGACGGGCAGCUUGGAAGGGUGGCUGAAAGGAUUCAAAAGGAAGUUCUCCGGUCUGAGCGCUAUUUGUUGGCUCCGUGGCCACAGAGUGAAGCAACCAGACAACGGCUUUUGGACGCUCUGCGUGCAUGGCUGAAUGAAGCUGAACAGCUAGCCAAAGCGGCUAACAGGAAUUUACGCCAACAGGAGCCUGAUCCUCAACAUUUCUUUCUGCUGGCACUUCUGUUCAUCGACUGCGAGCAUUUGGAGGUCUCUCAAUUGGUCUCUAUUUUGGGCGACCUUGUGGAUGGCAGCAAGUCCAUUUUGAGACGAUUGGCGUAUUCCAUGCGAAGGUGCCGCUCGGAGUUGCAAGCGCUUUUCAAAGAACCUCCUGAGGCUCCCUUGUUGCUGUAUGUCGACGCCAGCAUGGCUCAACUGCCGCUGGAGGCUUGCCCUUCUUUGAGGCAUCGAAAUGUUGUCCGUGGGCUAGCUCCGAACAUAACGCUCGCCGCCCUUUCUUCUAGUGAACCAACAAGUACCACGGGCUUCUUUGUGAUUGACCCGGCUGAAGACUGUGCAGCCAUGGUGGAUGUCAGACAACUGCUGACCUCUUGGACAGAUGGUCAGGCCUGGCAUGGUCAUACUGGGCGCCUUCCAGAACCUGCAAGAGUAUUGGAAGAACUUUGCAAAAAAGAUAUUUUUGUGUAUCUAGGCCACGGAGAGAAAGCAAGGCACCUUCUGCGCCAAGAGACGCUGCAAGUUGCUGGUUCGUCGGAAAAAAACUCUCCAGCAUGCCAAGCCGGCCUUCGCUCGAUUUUGAUGCUCCUGGGGUGUUCUAGCGUCAAGAUUCAAAAUGCCUCCACCUUUUCACAGGAUGAGUCUUUUGGCCUGGUGAGCAGUGCUUUGCUUGGCGGUGCUCCUUUGGUUCUGGGAGCGCAAUGGGAUGUGCUGGGCGGAGAUCUUGACAAGCUCGCCAGCAGGCUGCUGCAGAGAUGGCUGAAGGAAGGCAAGCCUACUCGAUGCGGAGGCCUUCUUGCUGCCUUGAAAACGCUGCGGCCAAACUGCUUGUUGCCGAAUUUGACUGGGGCCGCUCUGGUUUGCUAUGGAAUUCCAGUUUAAUCGCUGCAUGUGGCUGGCGCACGUGGCUGGAUCAAGGAAGUUUUCAGAGGGUUCUGAGUAGGUCAAAGCUUUUUGGGCAUCACAAGAUGGCAAGAACCAGUAGAACUGCAAAGCAGUUCGGCUGCACAAUUCAAUCACAAUUCGAUAUGGUGCAUGAAGUGCUUGUUUUUUAUUUGCAAAUUUGAAUUGCUCAAAGGGGGU